GGAGCCGCUAGGGAUGACUCUCAGUGUCAGCCGUAGCCAGAGCUACCCAACGGGAGAAGGCACUCAGAGGACUGCCAACCGUUAGGAAUGGGCCACUGGGCAGAGGACUGCCUCCUGGGAAGGGAAGUUGAACUCUCCUCACUGUGGAGAAUGAAAGAUGGAGCGGCCAAGCCCUCCCUUCCAUCCACCACCACCCCUGUCUGUGGGGCUGACUCAGCCUGUUCAAGGCCCAGAACCAUCUUUUGCUGGACCCCAGAGCCUUUGUCUGGUCAUGAGGUCUGAGGGGGUGGGGACAGUGGAUAAAAGGCCCCAGAGGCAGCGUCCACACCCUUCCACUGAGCUGCUGUCCACAUGAAGCCACCAAUGCAACCCCUAACCCAGGCCCUGCCCUUCUCUCUCGGAAAUGUCCUCCGAGGAACUGGUCUCCAGGUGCCUGUCGUUAAGAUGGGCACAGGGUGGGAGGGCUUACAUCGAACUCUGAAGGAAGUUGCCUACAUCCUCCUCUGCUGCUGGUGUAUCAAGGAACUGCUGGAUUAGCGGUGGCUGGGAACCUCUGUCACCCCUGGCACCCAGACCCGCGUCACUCAGGUGGGACGGGGAGGGUAGACGUCAGGAGGUGUGGCUGCAGCUUCUGUGGUGGAACCUGCAGCCCAGCUCUCCCAUCUUUCCUGUAGCUCUAAGACCCCUGCAGCCAGCCGGCCUUCACCAAGGAUGGGCCUCCCACAAGUGAGGAGGCCAACGCGGACCCCGCUUUGAGUUGUCCAUCUGUCUGUCCUGCCUCAUCCUGGGGCACCCACCCAUUCCCAGCUCCCGUCUCCGGUGUGCUUCUGGUAAGCACGAGCUUGGCUUGCCGGCUAAGACUCCAUCAAGACUGCAGCAGGAUCUAGUACUCCUCCAAAACUGGCACAGUGGGCCCACAACUCAGAUGACUGAUCUUACCAUGCGCUUGAAGAACCAGGAAUGGACUGCCCCUAAGAUCUCGGAUAAUCUCAGAACUACACAUAUAAUAAAUGAGCCUUGAGGCCAAAAAUUCUUAACCGUCUAAUGCGCGCCCAGAAAGGGCUUUAGAGCCAGGGUGCAGGGCAAGGAGGAAGGGUGGAUCUCUGGAGAAGUGAGACUGAUAACCAGGUUUGCUGACUCUGGUGCUGGGGUAGAAGUGCCAAGCCGAAGGGCCAGGUUCCUCCCAGCCUCUGGGUAGGGUGGGCAGAAUGGGCAGAGCCGCCUUCUGUGAGGCCCAGGGUGCUAGGAUAGGGAUGCAAAAGACUCAGCCUUUUUCCAAAUAGGUGUGACCUGGGAAGCUCCCUGUCUCCAAGGAACAUGGGGAUGGACCAUCCUGAGCUAGUCCCCAGCUUGUGGGAGGAGUCCCAGUUCAGACACAGCUGUCAGAGUGGCCACACCAGUCCUUCACGCCUAUCCCAGCACACAGGACACAGUCUGAGGAAGUAGGUUGACUCCUCACUUCCCCUCAGCUGCCACCAACAUACACUUUCCUUCCAUCAAGAGCAGUUGAUGGACACGUAUAGAAUUGGUUCAGACCUAUCACACCCUCACCUA